UAUGAGUAAAUAUUUGGAUAAAUAUGUGGAGUAUGAGACAAUAGGAAGAGGUAGCUAUGGUAAAGUAAUGAUUAUAUUCAGGGUCUGCUCAUUUGGUACGUUCAAAAUCAGACUAGUAAGUAUAUGUGGCUAAGAAAAUUCAAUUAUUCAAUCUAAAAUCAAAAGAGCAAGAUGAUUCAAAACGAGAAGUUUAUUAGUUCAUUUAAUUAUUAGGUGAUGCUUUUGUAGAAACUGAAACAUCCACACAUUGUACAAUAUAUAGAGAGUUUUAAUGAGAAUGAUACACUAAUCAUAGUAAUGGAAUAUUGUGAAGGUAGUGUUUUACAUUAAUUCAUUAGAGGGAGACCUAUCAUUUCACAUCAAUAGAAUGAGUUAAAGAAAGGAGUAUUUUCCAGAACAAAUAAUAUUGAACUGGUUUCUUUAAUGCUCAUUAGCUUUGAAAUAUAUCCAUGAAUAGAAAAUCUUACAUCGAGACAUCAAAAGUUAGAAUAUUUUCUUAUCCUCCAAUGGAUUUGUUAAAAUUGGUGAUUUCGGUAUCUCUAGAGUUUUAGAACACACUCAAGAUUAAGCUAAUACUGUUGUAGGAACUCCCUAUUAUAUGAGGUAAAUCAUUUAUUUUUAUACUUAGUCCUGAAGUUUGUGAGAAUAAACCUUAUACUUAUAAAAGUGAUGUUUGGUCUCUUGGAUGUGUUCUCUAUGAAUUGUGUAAUUUAUCUCAUGCCUUCAAAUCUAAUAAUCUUUUAGGUUUAGUUAAUAGGAUUGUAAAAGAAUAAGCUUCUGCUAUUCCUUCACAUUACUCUAAAGAAUUAGCAGAUCUAAUUAAUAAACUCCUAAUCAAAAAUGCUGAUUAAAGACCACACACUUCUGAAAUUUUCAACUUCCCUCUUAUCAGAAAUACUAUGCAAUAAUUUGUUGCAAUGUAAGGUAAAGUUCAAUAUCAAGCCCCCAUAAAAAGAACAAAUACACAUAAUUAAAUUGGAAAAAUGAUCAAAUAAGAAGAAACUACUUAAUAAAACACUACAAAAACAUAUGACAACACUAUUGAUACUGUCUAAUCAAUAGAUUUUAGUUAAUUAACUCCCUAAUAAAGAUUGUAAAUGAAAAAAGAAGAAAAAAUACAAAGAGAAUAAAGGGAAUUAGCAUAAGCAAGCAAAUAAAGUUUUGCAUAACAACAAGCAAGUCAAUAAAGAAAAAUUCAAGAUUUAUAAGGUGGUUAAUCUCUAGAUUAUAAUUAAAAAAGGAAACAAUAGUAAUAAUAUCAUGAAGAACUACAAAGACAAUAAUAAUUUAAGUUAUAAGAGUCUUAAUAAAAUACCAAAAAGUCUCAAUAACCAAUCUAAUCAACCAAUAAAUCAAACAUGUACAAUUAUGAUGAAACCUUAGUUAGCUAAUAUGAAAAAACUUCAUUAAUGGUAUCAUGUAUAUAUAUAUAUACUUUAGUUGUAAAAUGAAUCAAAAAAAUACAAUGAAUCUAAUAUAUAAAAUGAAUCCAAAAAAUAUAAUGAAACCUUUAAAAAAGAAUUAGAGUAGUUUGAUAAAACAGUUGAUUCUGAAAUGUGUCAAUCUACUUAUGAUAAUACUGUUAAGCAAUAAGAAAAAACAGUCACUAAAUCUUAAUUAGAUAGAUUUACUACUAAUUAUCAAAAAUAAGAACUUUCAGUCACUUAGUAAUAUUAAGAUGAAGAAUUUGAAGAAUAUAAUAGUGACGAUGAUGAGGACAAUCAUAGACUCACUGUUAAAUAAGGAGAUAGUGAAAUUGAAGAAGUUCUCAAAUUAUAUCAAAUUUAAAUGGAUUAAACCAUUAAAAAAUCAUCUAGUAAUAAACUUGAAGGUAUUAAUUAUAUAAUAUAUUUAGAUAUUUAGGAAACUAGUUAAGAGAGUUGGAAUUCAUCUUAAGCUUCUCCAUAAAAAGUACCAAUUAAUAAUGAUGAUCGAAUACAGAUCUUAAGGAAAAAGGUAAUAGCUACUAUGGGUUCAGAUCUAUUUAAUAAAGCAUAUCAAUUUAUGAGUCAUCAUUUAUCUAAAGGAACUGGAAGUGUAGAUGUAUAAAUUUAAUACAUUUUAGAUUCGAAAAAAUCUAGAAGAAAUUGUAGGUAAAAGCAGAAUGGGAGAUUGCAUGUUAAUAGAUGAAAUAUUAUAUUAUGAGAAUUAUUCUAAAUGA